AUGGCCAUGGUCAUGGAAAACCAGCAGCCGGUGGCGCCGCAGAUGCGGAUGAUCCCAGCGCCGCCGCCACGCCCCCCUCCCCCGCCGCCGCCGGUGCCACCCCAAGUGUUCAAGCAUCAUUGCAAGGUGUGCAAGAAGGGGUUCAUGUGUGGGCGCGCGCUCGGCGGGCACAUGAGGGCGCACGGGAUCGCCGACGUCGAUGGGCUUAGCGUGGAAGAAGACAUGCUCGACGACGAUGAUUCGGAGCCGUACGGCGAAUCUUCUGAUCAGGCUGGGAGUCCGUCAACAACGACGACAAAAAGAAUGUACGGGCUCCGCGCCAACCCGGGCCGGCUAAGGAAUUGUCGGGUGUGCGAGAAUUGUGGGAAGGAGUUCACCUCGUGGAAGUCGCUGCUCGAUCAUGGCAGGUGCAGCUUUGGCGAGGACGACGAAGGCCUAGACGGUGAAGGCUCGUUGCGUUCCUCAUCACCUCGUAAUGGCAUGGAGGAUGAGGAAGAGGAAGAAGAAGAGGGAGAUGUGGCGUUGGCCUCCGGGUGGUCCAAGGGGAAACGUUCACGCCGAGCCAAGGUGAUGCUCCUUGGGAGCGGCACCAGAACCGAGCUGCAGCAUUUGCCGCCCGCUUCGAGCGAGGAGGAGGACCUGGCCAAUUGCCUCGUCAUGCUCUCCUCGUCCCGUGUCACACAGCCAACUGAUGUCAUUGCGGACGUCGACCAAGCCGAGUCGUGUGCAUCGGCGAGUAAGGACGAGGAGAUGAUCAGGAACAAGUUCCUUCUGCCCCAGCCAAUCUCGAUCAUAGCACCCAUUGCAGCAUCAGCAACGCAGACGAUGAAGUUUCCCGUGCCUCAUCCCGUGCCGCAACAGGUUGUGGUGGCACAGCACGUACCAGCCGUCCCGCGCGGCUUGUUCGAAUGCAAGGCAUGCAAGAAGGUGUUUACGUCGCAUCAGGCUCUCGGCGGGCAUCGUGCCAGCCACAAGAAAGUGAAGGGGUGUUUCGCCGCCAAGCUAGAGAGCAGCCGCAACGAGACUGCUGCCGCCGCUCAUCAACAUCAUCAGUCUGUCGCAACAGCUACUCACUACGACAGUAACACCAAGGCCAGCAUCAGCGAGGUCGUAGAUACCAGCACCACGGACCUCAAAACUUCUGCCAGUGUGGAUGCCAAUGCUGACGGUGGCAAGGUGUCGACGAGCGGCGGCGAAAUUGUGAUCGUGGCCACCACAGCGGCGCCGGAGACGGGCAUCGCUGACGUCGCCCCGGCGGCACCAUCCUCCGCCCUGGCGCCGUUCAAGAAGAAGGGGAAGGUGCACGAGUGCUCCAUCUGCCACCGCGUGUUCACCUCGGGGCAAGCGCUGGGCGGCCACAAGCGGUGCCACUGGCUCACGUCGAGCGCGACGGACCCGGCCGCCGCCUGCACGGUGGCCAAGCUCCAGAGCACCGUGGUUCCAGACCACCUCAUGGCCGCCAUGUGCCACCACCUCACCCUCGGCCGGCCGAUGUUCGACGUCGCAGCCGACCAGCGCAUCCUCGACCUCAACGUGCCAACGAACCCGUCGUCGACGGCUGUCGACCAGGCCGCAGCAGCCAUCGCCGCGAGGCAGGCCGCGGAGCUCAACGACAUCCCGCUGUGCCUCAACGCGCCGGCGUCCAUGUACGUGCAGUCCUGGACGGGGCACAGCAACGCGAGCCACGUGAACAAGACCGGCACGAGCAGCCGCAACGACGCGGCGGGCGGCGGGGGCGCGGCCACGGAGGACGAGGCGGACAGCACCAGUGCCAAGAGGGCCAAGAUUGGCGACCUCAAGGACAUGAAGGUCGCGGGGGAGUCGUUGCCGUGGCUGCAGGUUGGCAUCGGCAUCUCGUCGUCCGAGUGCAAAGACAAGACUGCUCAGGAUCAGGAGUGAUCCGAGGAAUUAAUUUCACAGCGCCCAGGUCACGCCAAGUCGCCAAUUGAUUAAUCUCAUUAAACUACUAAUCAAGUAAUUAGCUUUUUGACUUUUCUU